AGAGAGAGGGUUGUGCAGAAUUGGUCGAUUUGUUAAUACAUUAUUAACAGUUUUUUAUAGCUCUAAGGAAAGAAAGUCAUUUUAACUCAGUUAUUUUUAAAUAACUGAGACAAAAUACUGCAUACAAACCAUAUAAGAAAACAUACAACUGUAUCAUCUUGUAUCAAAUGUUAAAUCUAAAUGUUUGUUUUAGACACAAAGCAUAUGUUAAAGCACAGUGAAUCUACUGCUUAUGUUGUAAAGAGAAAAGCAGUUCUGACUCCUUUAUCAUUUCAUACCAACAGAAAAACCCAAACCGACUGUGAGAGUGAAUCCUCAGAGCUCCGUCUACACUGGAGACACCAUCACUCUGACCUGUGAGCUGCAGUCGACUGGAUGGGAGUUUUACUGGUACAAAUAUAAUCAGUAUAUGCAGCUUCUGGACACUGUAUUUACUGACACCAACACACUCAACAUGACAGUCAAUAAUGCAGAAGAAACAGUGUAUAUGUGUUUAGCACGUAGGCAAAGCAUGCUGGGAGAAAUCUACACAGAGCUCAGUGAUCCAGUCAAGAUUACAGAGAGAGAGAGACCAGGGGCAGUACUGAGUGUAUCUCCACAGAGCUGGCUGACUGAAGGAGACUCAGUGACUCUAAGCUGUGAGGUUACAGACUCCUCUACAGACUGGAAAUUCAGCUGGUACACAACUGUUCCCUACAGAGACGCCUUAACUCAAAUAAAAGAUACUCAAAGCUAUAUCAUGCAUGUGAAGCCCCUCUCAGACAGCAGCAGAGGAUCUGGAGGCAACUACACUCUCAGUCCUGCUGCUCUUAAUCACACAGGAGUUUAUAUGUGCAGAGGAGAGAGAAGAGAACCAGCCUUACACACACAGUACAGCAAUCCACAGCCACUAUGGAUCACUGGUGAAUCUCCUCCAGUCUCUCUGAUCAUCAAUCCCAGCAGAACGCAACACUUUACUACAGACUCUCUCUCACUGAGCUGUGAGGGCCAGAGAAACUCUACUGGAUGGACAGUGAGACAAUACACAUACAGUGAGAGAGUGUUAGAUUGUUCACGGUGGGGAUCAUUUACAGGCUCUACAUGCAAAAUCAGUCCAAUCGACACAUAUCAUACUGGAGUUUACUGGUGUGAGUCUGAAUCUGGAGAGAGCAGUAAUCCUAUCAACGUCGCGGUGCAUGAUGGUGAUGUGAUCCUGGAGAGUCCUGUCCAUCCUGUGACUGAGGGACAUCCUCUGACUCUACGCUGUUUAUAUCGCUACACAAAGUCCUCAAACCUCCGAGCUGAUUUCUAUAAAGAUGGAUCAGUUCUCCAGACACAGACUACAGGAGAGAUGAUCAUCUAUAACGUCUCAAAGUCAGAUGAAGGUUUCUACCACUGUAAACACCCAGAGAGAGGAGUGUCACCGAAAAGCUGGGUCUCAGUCAGAGUCUCAGGUCUAGGUCCUGGAACAGUACGAGUGGCUGUGGGACUGAGUGUGGCCUUCUUGUUCAUUAUUUUAUUAAUCUUAAUGAUCCUGCUGUGGUUCUGCAAAAUAAAGAAAGGAAAUCAGACAUCAGAGCAGAAUCAGAGCCGGUCAGGAGCUGAAGACUCUCAGUCAGGACACACACCACUUCAGGCUGAAGGAAAUGCUAAUAUCUAUACCACUGUGAAUCAGGCAGAUACGAGUGGAACAGGGAGCUUUACUACAAACACUUCCUGUUGCAGUAGGAGACAUAACUGUAGAUGAAUAUUGUACAGUAAAGUACAGCAGUGUCUUGUAGUGAUUAACACACUGCACUGUGUUCAAGUGAAGCUGCAGCUGAGAGCAGAGAAGACACUUACGUGCAGGUCACGGAGAAAAAUAAGGCAAAGGGAUACAACGGUAGAGUAUUUUUAAUGAUGAGACAUUUCACAUAAAUCUACAAGUGGAACAGUGUCCAAUAUAUACAGUCAUCUAUUACACUGACAAUCACUGUCCUGAACAGAUGCUACAGUGCAUACUGAAAGAUAAAGGAAUUAUUAUUACUAUAGACCACUUUAAGGACGUAAACAAUAAUAAACGAGUUACAGUGCUACUGCACAUGUCUGGUCCUGAAGCAUUUCCAUUCUGCUAUUUUUAAAUCCCAGACGAGUCAAAACAAAAUGACUAGCGCAUACUUUUUAGGUCUAGCUAAAUCUGAAU